AAACGGAGCCAUAUGAGGUGAAUCCUCACGGUCACAUAGUGGUGGUCAGCGAACGGAGCAUAUUAUCUUAUGAUGUUAUCAGCUAGCGGGUUAGUUAGCUAACUUAUUGUGUCACCACAGCCGUAAAGCGAUUUAGCUUGCAGCUAGCAGGUUGUAUGGCUUUGGGCCGAUGUUGCUAGUGGAGUAAGGGAUUCAUGUUUUGUCUUUCAUUAUGUCGAAGUCGUUCUGUUAUUUUUAGCUAGCACUGCAGGCUAGCUUAGCUAAUAGCGGCGAGUAAAGCGUGACUAAUCGGUUUGUUUGAAACACAAUACAAAUGGAGCAGUGGCAGGACGAGGCCUCUCAGCAGGUCAAGCUGCUUACAACUCGUCUGAAUGAACUGUUGUCCAAAGGUCUGGGACUGCUGCGAUCCGAGCUCGGCGUGGAUUUGGGGCUGAAGCCUGAGUUGAUUCCGCCAUGGGUGAUCCUCUUAGCGGCAUGUAGCGGGCUACUGCUGCUGGUCGCUCUGUGGGCCUCAACCUGCCGGUCUCUCUUCAAGAAACGACCCGAUGUAAGCCCUCUGGACGACGGGUUUGAAUUGAAACGCGAUGAGAGUAAACCUGUCAAAUCCGAGGAACCGAAGAAAAAGAAGAAGACAGAAAAGAAAUCCCAGCCUAAUGGGAGAGCUGUUGCUGAACCACAGGAAGAAGCCAUAGAAUCUGAAGAGAUAGUGCCACAUCACCAGACGCCCCCACCAGAAUCCAAGGCUGAGAAGGCUGCAGAGUUAAAGAAGUCUAAGAAGAAGGCCAAACAGGCUGUGAAGGAGACAAAGACUGUGACUGCAGCUGGCAAAGAACCAGAAGAAGGCACAUGGGAGACCAAGGUCAGCAACAAGGAGAAGCGUGAGCAACGCAAGAAGGAUAAGGGCUCCAGUGAUGGCUCCAACAGUCCUGGAGGAGGACACACACCUGUGAGCGCUCCCCCAGAGCAGCCAAAGGCCUCCGCUGCUCCCCCGCCUGCCAGCCAGAAGAAGACAAAAGGAGAAUCUGCCAAAGUGAAAGUAGAGAAGGUUGAGGCUGUUGUACCUGCAGUUAACAGCGAGGCGGUGGCGGUGGCUGCUGUGACUGACGUGACUGACAUGGCUGUGACUGACAUGGCUGUGACUGACAUGGCUGUGACGGACAUGGCUGUGAAGGUUCCUGCUCCCACCAUCUCUCCGAAGGCCCGCCCCUGGACAACCACUACAGAGCCAGCAUCAGUGUGGAGAGUGGAGCUUGAUGAGUCUUGGACAGUGAUUGACAGGGGGAUGGCCCCGGCGGACCCAAAUCUGGUGUCUUUAAGCGGCCUGGGUGUUGGUACUGCUGAGCCUGAGCCUGUGAAGGAGCUGCCCUGCCUCAGUCCGCCCAGAGUGGACGACGAGUGGUCCGGACUCAAUGGUGGAUCAGUGGACCCCAGCUCUGAUUGGAACGCCCCGGCUGAAGUCUGGGGCAACUAUGAGGAGGAUACUCCUGAGCCCCCUCCCAUUGUGGAGCUGCCGGAGCCCUCCAAGGUGGACCUGCUGAUGGCAGCAGCUGACGAUGAUGAAGAUGAGAAGGACAAGGGAGAGACUGCUGGUGAUGGAGCUGCUAAAACUAAGAAGAAGAAAAAGAAGAAGAAGAAGGCUGCUGAGGAGGGAGGAACAGCUGGCCAGGGGGAGGAGCCAGAGAAGGAGGCUCUGCCUGCAGCCUCGAUGAAGAAGCAGGAGAGUGCUGCUGCCGUCCAGCCUGUCAAAGCAGCUGCUGUCGAGGUGAGAGUGGAGCAACCAGUGAAGGAAAAAAUAUCCCAGAAACCCCCUGUCACACAAGUGCCACAGAAGCCAACUGAAGGAGAGACCACUGUCAAGCAGAAGGGCCUUUCUGCUCCUACACAACAAAACAAACCUGAGGAGAGCCAAGCGCCCAAGCCGGCUAAGAAGAAGAAGGCGAGGAGAGAGACAUGAGACUGAAUCGACUCUGCAGACCUCUGUAUGCAAAAGACUUCAUAUCCCGUUUAUGCAACACCUUUUGUGACGAGAACACUAGCAGAACCAAGGUCUCCAUGAUGGGCUUCAACCUACAACCUGUCUGGAAAUGAAACCACUUUUAUACACGUCGAGUGUCGGCCGAUGGAUCUUUAAACCUAACACGGUGUUAAUGAUUUUGAAGUAUGCAUUUGAUAUUCUUGAUUCUGUCUUCUAAUUCCAUGAAUCAAAUAACUGAUUGAGAGAGCUGUAUCGUAGUAAUUAGACAUAGAAAAAUACUGAUCAUGUUUAAAAAUUUGAUGUUGUGGUGGCUAACAACUGGAGUUUACUGUGUAGGGAAUGAAGACGGUUGCCAUGCUUCAGGUCACUCAACAAUGGUCCAUGAUGUUGAACUGGCCUUUGCUAUAUGCAGUCUUAUUUUAUUUUAAGUUGUGCGUCAUGAUUGCACAGUGAGUGCUGUUGGUUGAAAAGAGCUGAGAGAUCAAAUGUUAACUUCACAUCAACAGGGUGUUACUGACAUAAAUGAGAUAUAAGCAUUAGUGGGCUGAGGACUAGGGAAUCAUGCCCGUUCUGUAUUUUUGCAUUCUUAUCUGUGACUACAACAUUUCAAUCUCCGCGGUCUCUCUGGUUUGUCCCUGAUGUUGUACUGCGGUGUGUCCCUGCUGUUUUGACUAUCUGUGACAGCUUUGUGGCCUGAGCCUCUGAGCAUAGAUGUACCGUUGCAGUGUCAUCAGCCUCUUCAUGAUUUUCCACCUGUGGUUGAUUCGAAAGUCUUCAAAACCUUUUGUAAAACAUGUUUGUAAUAAAAGAAAAGCUAAAGCCAUA